UCGUCGAGCAUAUGGAAACUGCCCAAAAAAAUAAAAAAUUUGUUUUCCACUUCUUCUCAAUCAAUCAAACUCAGGCUUUAUACCUCUAUUUUGGUUAUGGAGAGCGAUCUCUCUCUCCUCUCUGUAAACUGGGUCUCGGUCUCUGUUUUGCAUUAUGAAGAUGAAGCAAAAAGAUUAUCUCCAUUUGUGCUGCUUACCAAAAGAAAAAUUCUUGCAGUAUUGGGUCUCAAAGAAACAGAGAAGAGAUGGACUUGAUUGACUGGAGGCCAAAUUGGCAACUCAGAAGAUGCUGCAACCGCGACCAAGUGACCUUCCUCAUCUCUGUUGCUGUCUGCACUGUCGUUAUACUUGUGCUGUGGAGGACAGUACUGAUGACACCAUUUAAGCUUAUAACUGUGUUUCUUCAUGAGGUGAGCCAUGCAUUGGCUUGUAUGCUUACAUGUGGUAAGGUGGAAGGGAUUAAAGUUCAUGCAGAUGAAGGAGGAGUCACACAAACUCGUGGUGGCAUAUACUGGCUAAUUUUGCCGGCUGGAUAUCUUGGUUCAUCCUUUUGGGGGAUGGUAUUGAUUCUUGCAUCCACAAAACAUCUUGCUACACAAGUAGCUGCUGGCUGUUUCAUCGUUGCCCUAUUUGUUGUACUAUUUUUAGCUAAAAAUUGGACACUUCGAGGACUUUGUAUAGGAUUCAUUAUUUUAUUUGCUGGAAUUUGGUAUCUGCAAGAAACAACGCCAGUUCGUAUUCUAAGGGAAAUAAUUCUGUUUACUGGUGUAAUGAACAGCUUGUUUUCAGUUUAUGAGUUAAUUCUAGUGAUGCCGAGAGAUUUGCAGAAGAGUGUCCAUGCUGCACUGGUUGUGGAUGGGGUGUCAUUUGGGCGUUCAUAUCUUUCUUCUUUCUCUGUGGAUCCAUGUACCUUGCUCUUGUGGUUUUGGCUUGAGGUACGGUUUGCUUCAAUGAUUCCAAGUUCUUGAUUGUCACAGAAACAUAAAAAAACCGCCUUGAAAGGUACCAAUGUGCAUUCAGCUACUACUUUUUUGUUGUGAAGCAAGCGUUGCAGAUAGGCCCUACAUGAACUCUGUUCAUCUCAUGUUUUCGAGCGGUUUAUUUACUUUGGCCAGACCAGGCAAACCUGGACUUCAAGAUAGACAACUACCUCUGCUUCAGCUAUUACCAAAGCUCAUGCUACUAGUUGGAUUCAACGGUGCUCCUAAGGCUUCUGGGGAGACUAGUUUUGUUGAGGAUUUUUCUAGGAAUUCAGUGUCUUAUUCUUGUUUUGAUGAGGGUAGAUGACCUACUACAUCUACAAUGUGAAGGUGUGAUGAUGUGAUGCAAUUUUGUGUAAUUGUAAAGCUUAUACAAAUAUAAUAUAAUUUGUUUAUUCUUUCAUAAUAAAAAACGAA